AUGAGGAAACACGUCGUGUUUGUGGUGGACGCAUCGAGGUCGAUGGAGAGGAUGGACGUGUUCGACCAGGGCGAGCGUAAGCGGAGAAUCGACGCUGUCCUGGACUGCUGCUUUGAGUUCAUCGAGGACCAGCUGGCCAAUCAGCACUCUUCGAGCAGAGACCGGUACAGCGUGAUCUCGUUCAACGAUGUCGCCAAGGACCUAGAGGCGAAGAUCAGGCCGACGCACGGCACCGCCUACGGGGAAGGGCUGGGGAGCGCGUGGGACGUCGCCUCCGGAGGAGUCAACGACGCCGGGGAGCAGUUCGUCCUCAUCUUCUUGUCCGAUGGAAGGCCGAGAGACAUGAACGCGGCGUGCAAGAGGGAGCAGGCGCCGGCGUACUGGCUGCGGACCAUGCGCGAGCGUUUCCGGCGGCGGCUGACCUUCCACGGCGUCGGCGUGGGGCCGGAGGACUUCGGCCUGCUGGAAGACCUGUGCGUCGUGGCGGAGGGGACGUUCCACCAUGCCAGGCUGGCGUUGUCGGGAGGGGGACGGGACCGUUUGUCGAGGGCCCCGAGGACCAACGGUCGGCCGGACACGCUCAGCAGCACGCUCAGCAACAUCUCGUCGGCCGUGAGCUCCCUGUGCUCGUCGUACAGCACAAGGGUUCCGAAGCCCCUUGCGCUGGAGGAUGUCGAGGAAGCGGUGUGGAACCAUACGAACCAGGACACGUACUAUUGCGAUAAGCUCUACCUCCAGGGAUCCGCUCUGGAGGUGCAGGAGCGAGACCUCAUGGUGCGCAUCCGGGAGAGGCCCUUUGCCGUCGGUGGGAUGCGGCACUGCUUCCGGAUGUGGAACCUUGGCGCCGGCGGGCGGUCCAGGAAAGUCAACAACCUGGUGGGCAAGCAGAGCAAGUUUUCCGUGAGCGUCGCGCAGCAGGUGAGAGGCCUCAAGCAGGAGCUCCUCUGCCACAGGCUCGCCCGCCAGCAGGCCACUCUGUUCAACAGCCGGGUCACGUCCUUCGCCGCCGGCCAGGUGGCCAAGACGCCCCCCUACGCCGCCCUUCGCAGUAAACCGUGGGGACUGCAGGUGGCAGAGUGCGACGUGUACCGCUUGGAAGACCCGUGCGAGCCCGGCGGGUUCCGAUAUCUCUUGGUCGAGCCCUUCCUGGAAGGAAAGUACCUCAAGUACAACGGCAACAACGGGUACAUCCUCAACAAGUCGGGCCUGGACGACGAGCAGCGGUGCUGGUGGACCGUGGCUCAGGCCUUCUCACACUUUACGCACCACCAAACGGGGGGCGAAGCUCUGGUGUGCGACGUGCAGGGAGUGGACAACAAUAUCACCGACCCUUGCGUCCAUAGCAGGUCGCGAACGUACGGCGCCGGCGACAGGGGCACUCAAGGGAUGCGGGAUUUCCUGGAGGGGCACCGCUGCAAUGCCAUCUGCCGGCACCUGGCCCUCCCCGAGACCGCCGCCGCCGCCGCCGCCGCCGCCAUUCCCGGCUACGCGCCCGUCCACGGCAGCCGGUCGGCGAGCGCGUCGUCGCGGAGAUCGAUGCCGCUGCCGGUGGCCUUCUGCGGGCUGGCGAUCGUCGAGGAGUCCGACUACUAGCGGGGGGGCGGCGGCAGAGGCGAGAGAACGGGAGGACAAAAAUACGGGAAGAACGACGAGGACAGGCUGGCGUAGGUCGGGAAAAUGGACCAUAGUGCCCCCCCCCCCCCCCCUGGAUCAGAGCUGGAUUGAUUGUCGUCCCUGCGGCGAAGAUGGCGACGGUGGCGGCGUUGGGGCCGUCGUCUCGCCGAGAGCCUCCCGACAAAGCUGUGAAGAGUGAGGCGGGCGAUAGGGUUGUAGCUUUUGCGGGGCUCUUGGGUGGGCUGGGGCGCACGGUCGCCGAGGACGCUGGGCGCUGUACCGUCCCCGAACACUUUCCGACUCUUGAGACAGCCGACGACGCGGAGAAAAAGUAAUGUUCGUGACAGAUGUUUGGCUGACUCGAGUGGUCGUAGCAAGGACAGAUUUAGUAUUAAUAUAGGCCUUUCUUGAUUCUUGGUGGCGAGAGUUUAGAGGCACGCGGGGGCGAUCGUUGAGAGGGUGGCCCCGCUGAAGGUUGGGCGUGGAGGGGGGAUGCGUGUGAGAGUGUGGUUGGGGCGAAGCUGAGAUUCUUGUGAACUGGGAAGACUAUUUAGAUUGCGUUUGGAACGCCAUGAGCUUUAUCGCCGAGAAGAACAGGACUCAACUCAAGGUUGUAGUGCAUAACGUUGGUGUAUUUAUCAUCCCAUCUUGAACUCUUCGUCUUGUGUCGGCGAAAAGAAACCAGCAUGCCCCGAAAGAAGAGAGCAAGAAGAAGCCUUGUCUUGUUUUGCUGACAAAACAUCUGGAGGCGUGGUGUUGUUUGGCGGCGACCGCGGCUGUGAUUUAUGGGAUAGGGCAGCAUGGCGAGGGCCGGCGGUUGCAUCCGGAAGAGGUACACGAAUUCAGCCGAAAGGGGAUUGUUUAGGUACGCGUCGCAAUUGGGUGUUGUCUGUCCGUGUUUACUUUCGUCGAGGCGCGUGCCGAUAUACAUUACUCUUCGAUCGAACGCAGUCAGGGGGGAGUUGGGUGCGUGGCGACAGAACGGUCGUCAUGAGAAGAAAACGCGUUUACUUUGAAGUUUUUUUUUGGCCGUUGGCAGUGCCAGCCAUGACCGGACUGGCAUAGAUAGACGAAGACCACGAAGAGCAUCACUGUCGUCCAGAGAUGCUUGCUUUCGGACACUGAUUAGGGGGGCGCCGUUUGAUGCAGACCGGAGGAGGGGGGUGGGGGGUUGUGGUGCACGCAUGCACAGCAGUUGGCAGGCGCACGUUUCCGUUCAGCGCGAAACACAUGUAUUAGAUGGGAGGUUGGUUCGGUGUCCCUCCUCUAUUCGAAAGCACUCGUUUUUUUUUUUUUUUUUUUUUGCCACGGCGUGUACCCCGUUGUGUCGUUUCGUUGUCCUUUUUCCUUGUUUUUUUUUUGUUGUUGUCUCUUUUUUCUUAUUGUUUCUUUUUGUUGUUGUCUCUCUUUGUCCCCCGUGCGUGAAGAAGGUGCCAUGAUGAUGGUACCCAAGCUUUUCCCCGUGUGUUACAUUGCCAUUUUCUCUCUGGUCUACGGUAUGCCCGUUCGACGUAAUCGUCCCUAUCUACAAAACGGGUUGCCGUCUGUCAGCAGGCACUGCAGCGCGUGGCAAUAUGAGUCAUUUUCCGAUCAUCAUACUAUAUGGCCAAAUAGAAAGGUGGUUCUGGUCUUGUUUUAUUUCUAGGUAACUUACUAAGGGGUUCUGGAGCCCGUGGUACAUUGUGUUUUGACAGGGAAUAGAUGAAGGGGGCUUUCUGUUAGUGUAGUGUGCAUUUUCCCUUGUUUUGGCGUCGACUACGCUUUGCCGGUUGGCCAAUGAAAACACGCCAAGCAUUGGCGGGACAGGAACGAUUACCAGGUACGGCUUUCUCUAGUGCGCGAGGCCUCCGGCAGGUCGCACUUACAGGCGCCUUUUUUGAUUUUGAACCCGAGUUGUAAAAUGUUGCUAGAGGGAAACCGCCGAAAGCCCGAAAUACAUAAAUGGUUCCAUGUACAGCAGCGCAAGCAUAGCGAGUAUUGCACCAAGCGUGGUGCGCCAUCGUUUGGAACCUGUGUAUUGUGUGUGUAUGUAGGCGGGUAACAUCAUCGCGAUUCUGGCCCCUCUAAAAUUUGGCGCAUUUUUGUCUUCUUCCGUGGCGUGCUCGAUUUAACGACGUUCCUUAUCGAGGCAAGAGAGCAGCACGAUGGUGGCAAUGGGUGUUCGCCUGUCCUGCAGCGUUACUUCGUGUGCGUGCAGAUGGACCCAGUAGUGUAGGAUUUAUUCUUCGCGUUCAUCGGGCGGCGUCCUUCCGUAGUAGUGCUGAAUGUUUCUCUUUGUCUCGGCAAUACUCCUGUAUGUAUUCUAUUAGUAGUAGCGAACCGUCGAAUAGAUACAUGCAUGUUCUUGCCAAGGCACGAAGACAUGGAUAGGGUGAAAACUUUUUUGAGGGCUGUUGAACGUGUUGUCGAAAGUAUAUUCAUGCCAGUGUCGUGUCUGUCGAUGGGAUAAUACCUGUACUGCACAAACGUUGGCGGGAAAUCUAUCUCUGUUUGUU